GCAGACAGAAUGUCGGGUCGAGGAAAAGGAGGCAAAGGUUUGGGGAAAGGCGGCGCCAAGCGUCACCGCAAAGUUCUCCGCGACAACAUCCAGGGCAUCACCAAGCCCGCCAUCCGCCGCCUGGCUCGCCGCGGCGGAGUCAAGCGCAUCUCGGGCCUCAUCUACGAGGAGACCCGCGGCGUGCUCAAAGUCUUCCUGGAGAACGUCAUCCGCGACGCCGUCACCUACACCGAGCACGCCAAGAGGAAGACCGUCACCGCCAUGGACGUCGUGUACGCCCUCAAGAGACAAGGACGCACUCUGUACGGUUUCGGAGGUUAAAUUCGGGACUCUACCUGCCGUCAAGCAAACCCAAAGGUCCUUUUAAGGGCCACACACUCGUUCUACGAACAGCACGUUUCCAACUUUUGU